CUGGCCGGUCUCUUUUUACCCUUGCGGAGUGCUACGCGUUUACCCUUGCUCCCCAUUCUCCUUGCAUUGUUGGUUGGGAGCGCCACCUCAGGGGAAGGGCGUUCUUGCCUCUGGGAGGCGAAGCAGGGGAACCCGGGGGUCUCUGGCUUUCCUUGGUCUUUGCUAACGAGAUAGAGGAAAAGACUACGUGUUAGAUUAAGAAAAGAAAAUAGAAAAGAAAAGAAAAUAGAAACCAUGUUUCGAAGACCUGUAUUACAGGUACUUCAUCAAUUUGUAAGACGCGAGUCUGAAGUAGCUAGCAGUUUGGUUCUUGAAAGAUCUCUAAAUCGAGUGCAGUUACUUGGGCGAGUGGGUCAGGACCCUGUCAUGAGACAGGUGGAAGGAAAAAAUCCAGUCACGAUAUUUUCUCUAGCAACAAAUGAGAUGUGGCGGUCAGGGGAAAGUGAAGUAUACCAAAUGGGUGAUGUCAGUCAAAAGACAACAUGGCACAGAAUAUCAGUGUUCCGGCCAGGCCUCAGAGAUGUAGCAUAUCAGUAUGUAAAAAAGGGGUCACGAAUUUAUGUGGAAGGAAAAAUAGACUAUGGUGAAUACACAGAUAAAAAUAAUGUGAGACGACAGGCAACAACAGUCAUAGCUGAUAACAUUAUAUUUCUGAGUGACCAGACAAAAGAGAAGGCAUAGAAUGGAUGAUUCUUCUUUGGCUGUUGAUUGGUCUCAUUUCCAAAUCAUGUAUAGUCUUUAUAGUUUCUAAGGAAAAGAAUUAAAACAUUCUUUUAUAUAAAAUGAGUGAUAAUAUUUUCCCUGAUUAUUGCUCCCCCUCUUUUGGUGUCAUAAACAUUGGUAGCUCAUGUC